GGAGUUACAAACCAGUCUGCAGAGCUUGUUAAGGAAAAGAGAGAGAAUGAGAAAGCAAGAGAGGGAGAAAGUCAGAGCGCUAGGAAGAAACCAAAACAGAAAAACAGAAAGGGAAAGAAAGAAAGAAAGAAAGAAGCCAGAGGGCAGGAAGGUAGACGCUGCAAGCAGAUGCCACUUGCUUAUCAUGAAUGAUCUUCACAGAGGCGGUCUUCUGACUGAGAACAGCACGGUCCUUGGCAGAACUCUCAUCUAACUCCUGCACUAUGCCUGCCUGGACACUGCCAUACUCCCACCUUGAUGAUAAUGGACUGCACCUCUGAACCUGCCGGGGCCCGCCGCCCAGCAGAGUUGUGUUUUUCCUGAUCGGGGCUCGGGCCGCCCCUCCUCCGGGACCCUCCCCUCGGGAACCGUCGCCCGCGGCGGUUAGUUAGGACUGGAUUGCUUGGCGCGGUGGACAAGUCGUAUUUUCAAGAGAAGAUGACUUUUAACAGUUUUGAAGGAUCUAGAACUGUUGUACCUGCAGACACCAAUAAGGAUGAAGAAUUUGUAGAAGAGUUUAAUAGAUUAAAAACAUUUGCUAACUUCCCAAGCAGCAGUCCUGUUUCAGCAUCAACAUUGGCGCGAGCGGGGUUUCUCUACACUGGUGAAGGAGACACCGUGCAGUGUUUCAGUUGUCACGCGGCAGUAGAUAGAUGGCAGUAUGGAGACUCAGCUGUUGGAAGACACAGGAGAAUAUCCCCAAAUUGCAGAUUUAUCAAUGGUUUUUAUUUUGAAAACGGUGCCACACAGUCUACAUCUCCUGGCAUCCAAAAUGGCCAGUACAAAUCUGAAAACUGUGUGGGAAACAGAAAUCAUUUUGCUCUUGACAGGCCGUCGGAGACUCAUGCAGAUUAUCUCCUGAGAACUGGACAGGUUGUAGAUAUUUCAGAUACCAUAUACCCGAGGAACCCGGCCAUGUGUAGUGAAGAAGCCAGACUGAAGACGUUUCAGAACUGGCCAGACUAUGCCCAUUUAAGCCCCAGAGAGUUAGCUAGUGCUGGACUCUACUACACGGGGAUUGAUGAUCAAGUGCAAUGCUUUUGUUGUGGUGGAAAACUGAAAAAUUGGGAACCCUGUGACCGUGCCUGGUCAGAGCACAGGAGACACUUUCCCAACUGCUUCUUCGUUUUGGGCCGGAAUGUUAAUGUUCGAAGUGAGUCUGGUGUGAGUUCAGAUAGGAAUUUCCCAAAUUCAACAAAUUCUCCAAGAAAUCCAGCCAUGGCAGAAUAUGACGCACGGAUCGUUACUUUUGGAACAUGGCUAUACUCAGUUAACAAGGAGCAGCUUGCAAGAGCUGGAUUUUAUGCUUUAGGUGAAGGUGAUAAAGUGAAGUGCUUUCACUGUGGAGGAGGGCUCACGGAUUGGAAGCCAAGUGAAGACCCUUGGGAACAGCAUGCUAAGUGGUAUCCAGGGUGUAAAUAUCUAUUGGAUGAGAAGGGACAAGAAUAUAUAAAUAAUAUUCAUUUAACCCAUUCACUUGGGGAAUCUGUGGUAAGAACUGCUGAAAAAACACCAUCAGUAACUAAAAAAAUCGAUGAUACCAUCUUCCAGAAUCCUAUGGUGCAAGAAGCUAUACGAAUGGGAUUCAACUUCAAGGACAUCAAGAAAACAAUGGAAGAAAAGCUCCAAACAUCUGGGAGCAACUAUCUAUCACUUGAGGUUCUGAUUGCAGAUCUUGUGAGUGCUCAGAAAGAUAAUUCGCAGGAUGAGUCAAGUCAGACUUCAUUGCAGAAAGACAUCAGUACUGAAGAGCAGCUAAGGCGCCUACAAGAGGAGAAGCUUUGCAAAAUCUGUAUGGAUAGAAAUAUUGCUAUAGUUUUUGUUCCUUGUGGACAUCUGGUCACUUGUAAACAGUGUGCGGAAGCAGUUGACAAAUGUCCCAUGUGCUGCACAGUCAUUACGUUCAAGCAAAAAAUUUUUAUGUCUUAAUCCAGCACCACAGUAGGCAUGUUAUGUUCUUCUUACUGCAAUUGAAUGUGUGAUGUGAGCGAACUUUAAGUAAUCAGCAUCGCAGUCCAUUAGCAUCUGCUCCCAGAUGGAAACAAAUGUUAACAGCACUGUUUCAGGCUAAUCUUCGAAUUUCUGGAUCUGAAUGCCCGAUCUUAGCUUAUUAGCUGUUUUACCAUUUAUCCAGGGUUUGACACGUUAGAAACCUUAGACAAAGAAGCAUUUUAUAACUUUUCACAUGUAUAUUUGUAGUACACUGACUUGUUUUCCGUGUGUAAGUGAAUGAGUCACCUGCAUUUUUCAUUCCUUUUUUCAUAAGCUUAACAAGCGGAGUGUUCUGUAUAAGCAGGGAGGUUUGAUUUAAUCUGCCCAAUCAUUUUAAUUUGCUUAUUGUAAACAGGGAAAGAACUGUUCCACACUGGUUGGAGGAUGAACAUUGUUUUUAGAUGUUUGUUUCUGUGUUUUAGGAUUCUGUUCAUUUACUUGGGAUUUAUUUACUUGGGAAUUGUAAAUGUACUUAUAUGAAUAUUUUUAAGUGAUUUUGCCAUCUCCUAAAAGAUAUCUAAUGGUGGACUACCAUCUAACUAGCAUGUACUGACAUAGAAAAGCAUCACAGAUAUACUAUGUAUAAAAUACAGAUGGCAAAACACUAUAUUUAUCUAGUUGGAGCCAAAUCAUCACAUGUGUAUUUUGUACCUGUACAGGACAAAAAGAUUUGGAAAGAUAAGUAUCACACUCUUAAAUGUAUUUUUUCUUCAGGGGGUGGGGGAUGGGUCUUAGAGGGCCUUAUAGAGCCCUUCACUUUUUUCCAUUUUUUUCUGUUUGAAGCUUUUAUAAGUAUGUAUUACUUUUAUAAUCAGAAUUCUUAGAAAAUAUUUUGCUGAUUUAAAGGCUUAGGCAUGUUCAAACGUCUGCAAAACUACUUAUCGCUCAGUUUUAGCUUUUCUAAUCCCGGAAGGCAGGCCAGUUAACUUUUCUGGUGCCAAUGUGAAAUUUAAAUGUUUUUGUUUUACCUGCUUUGUGGAUGAAAAAUAUUUCUGAGUGGUAGUUUUCUGACAGGUAGAUCAUGUCUUCUUAUCUUGUUUCAAAAUAAAUAUUUCUGAUUUUGUAAAAUGAAAUAUAAAAUAUGUCUCAGAUCUUCCAAUUAAUUAGUAAGGAUUCAUCCUUAAUCCUUGCUAGUUUAAGCCUGCCUAAGUCACUUUACUAAAAGAUCUUUGUUAACCCAGUAUUUUAACCAUCUGUCUGCUUCUGUAGGUACCUGUAGAUGCGUGUUUGUAUACGGCUUGUAGUUUUAGUGUCAGCUCUCCAUGUUGAGAUUCUCAAUGUUAUUUUGUGUCCUAAAGUCUGAUGUAGUUUUUGCUGUUAGGAAGAUGAAGAUGUAUAUAGUACAAAUGUUCAGUCUAUGAUUGUUUUCUGUUUGUUUUCUUGACUAAUAAUGGUAGUGGAUACUUUAAAAAGAUUUUCUCAAGAUCCUUAAAACAUUGGAAAUUGUAACAUACUGACAAGAGUAGUUGUUUGAAUAUUUUUAACAACUUGUAUAAGUCAAUAUGAAUAAAAUCCAAAGCUAAAAUGCUUUAUAAAACAUGGGAUUUACCUUAAGUAAUUAUCAUGAUAGACCUCUUGUAAAGACUGGUCUAUUUUACUACAGACAACAGUUUGGGAGUGAAACUGUUACAAUUUAGACUUUUCGUUGUAUUUUCUAAGAGAAAGAGUAUUGUUAGGUUCUCCUAACCUCUGUUGACUACUAUGAUAAGUGAUGUUAUUUUAAUUGCAAAUUUAAAUAGAAACCAACAGAAUUAAGUAACUGACUACCCUUUUUUCCUUCGCUUUUUUUUUUUUUAAUAAAAAUCCUUAGUUCUGUAUAAUGUCUUCUGCUUAGGUUAAGUUAUAUAAUUGUUAGGUUGCAUUUGAUCUAAAAUGACUAAGAUUUCAAUUUAUAUUUCAAGCAUUUUACCAGGGAAUAAAAGUGUUAGUUUUAAAAAUCGCUUCCAAGGCACUUCAGGUCCAAUUCAUGUAGGUAGUUUGUUUUAUCUAGUUGUUAGCCAAGGACUUAAGGACUGAUUGUUUUCAAAUAAGGCUUUUCUUGUUCUCAGAGCUUCACUCAGUUCAUUAAAACUCCUUUAAAACCUGUGUGCUGAGAGUUAAGCAAGACCUCUUUUCUUGUCUUCAUGAGUUGCGAAAUUGAAUUCAUGGAGCUGAUGUGGCUAACAAGUUUAUUUUAGGAAUUGUUUAGAAAAUGCUGUUGCUUUGGGUUCUUAAAAUCACAGCACUCCAACUCUAAUCAAAUUAUUGGAGAUUUACCAGAGUUUGUCUGAAAUCACGCAAGAAAAAAAAAAUCACUAGAUCCUUUCCAAUAUAGUUGUGUAAAAAUGGUCACUUGGAAGGUCACAUUAUAACCAGAUCUGAAUCACCACCCCUGAGAGAGUUCUCAGUGUCUGUGUAUCAAUGUUCUUUUUCUGUAAAAAGUUCACUCUCAGAUUUCGAAGUAACCACCCAUUUUACUACAUAUUAGUCAUGUGAAAUUUGAAGUUAUUUUGCAGUAAUUACUUGUAUUUGUUAUUUACUGUGUUGAUCAAACUUUUUGUGAGUAUUUAGCCUUUGUUAAAGUAUUUUCUUUCUUCCUAGAUGUUGCCUCUUCCUGUAGUUAGGGGUAGAGGCGAGGUGAGUGUAGUAAGUGAAUACAAUGUGAUUUCGCUGUGCUAGGCUAGUUUGUUGUCUUGUUAUUUACAGUGUGUUGUUAUCUGUUCUUAUUUUAGUAAGUAAGAUUUAUAUUUUGAGCUCUCUGAAUGGAAACUGCCACUCCAACAUGAGCUGCAUGCAUUGUUCCCAUUAGACCUACAUCUUAUUGUACUUCUGAGUACCUAGAUACUGAAUAAAAGAAAAGGAGAAAUGAAGUAGACUAUAAUUGCUACUAAUGAAACAGGAAAAUGGGUGGAGAAAUAUAUGACAGAUACCAUUUUAAUGAAGAAAAGAACUAGCCAAAUAGGCUUCACACCCUGAAUUCAGAUCCCCAGAACCCACACAAAAGCUGAGUGCAUCCAGGUGGUACUAGCACACUCCUUUAACCCCAGCAUUUGGGAGGCAGAUCUCUCUUAGUUUGAAACCAGCCUGAUCUGUAGAGCGAGUUCCAGGACAGGGAACCCUGUUUCACAAAACAAAACAAAGAAACAAAAAAAGCUAAGUGCACUAGGCCAGGUACCUGUAUUCCCAAAAUGCCUACCUGAAACAGGAAGUAGAUAGGAGAAUGUCCAGAAGCUCAUGCUCAUUGAAUGGCGUAUGUAUUAACAAAGAGGUACCAUGGUAAACAAAGUGGGAAGGUGAGGGCCCACCAAAACCCAAAGGUUCAUGCACCAUGGCAGGUAUCCACUUACACUCACACACACACACACACACACACACACACACACACACACACACACACACAAAAGAGAAAAAAUCAAAAGUAUUAACACAACCAUCUUCCAAGAUGAUGGAAUGCAACUCGAGAACAUCUUAUAUACUCUUAAGUGAUGACUCUCAUCCUAAAACUUUAGAAUCCUCCAUGGGUUUGUCUUGAUGGAGGAUCUUGGACUAAAGAUUAAAAGAGGACCUGGAAAGAUAACUCAACUGUUGUGAGACUUGCUGCUUUUUCAGAGGACCUAGGUUCAGUUCCCAGCACCUACAUGAUGACAUGUAACUCCAGCUCUGGUGCCCUCUUCUGGCCUCCAAGGGCGCAUGCAUGCAUGUAUACAUACACAGUCAUACACACCUAAAAUGAAAAUAAUCUUUGAAGCUUAAAUGAAAUUUCUGUUAACUUUUAGAUACUAUUAUUUGUUUCGCUGGAUGCUUCUUGAAACAAAGCUAUAAAUUGUAAUAGUUUGAUCCUUUAAAAAUAUUUAAAUUACUUUUUCAAAAUCUAGAAAAAGUAUUCUUACUAAAUUCAGUUGAGUUGUCCUAAUAGAAACAGUCAACUUAUUCCCAUCUUAAUGUUUUAGUUUGGCUCUGAAACACUUAGCACAAUGUAGAUUUCUUCCUUACAUAAUAAAGUCACAGACUAUCAGAGCUAGAAAUGACCUUAAGAGAGUCACUUAUUCACACCACCACCACCACCUUCAUUUUAUUGUUGAGGCAACACCUCAAAGGAGAGGUGAUUGGCUCCAGGUUAUAUAGCUAAUUAGUGAUAGAUUCCUUACUGGGACAUAGUUUGGAGUUGAAACCUUCAACUAUGAGAUUAUGAGCCUCACCAUACCGGCCGCUUGUCCUUGAAGUCUCAGGUGUUUUUCAACUGUUCAUUCUAUUACACUCUAUUUUCACUGCACAUUAAGUGGUGCUUUAUAAUUUCUGUAGUAGGACCAUUGUUCAUACUUUCAAAUUAAACAGUAUGACAAUAAUGCUUGAGUGUUAAAGUUCUCUUUUGGAGACUGAAGUUUGCAGAUGUGAGUGCACAUGUUUGGCAUUUACUAUGUGCUUAUGUAUUAUUAAUGGACAUUUAAGAUUACUGUUUGGUCACUGUCUAUACUUACCAACAAACCUGCAUUUUUAAUUUGAUGUAAUAACGGCAUAAUGUAAUUUCUGUUUUUGCAUUUUUGUUAUCCUUUACCCAAAAGACUGACCAAUUGCUUUGUCAUAUUGUACUAUAUUUGUGAAUAUAAUUUUAUGACUCCUUUUUGUUCUUUUAAUGGAUACCUUUUCUUUCAUUAUGAAAACUUUUCAUCCUGAAAACUUUCAUUAUGAAAAUUAUAGAGAGAAUUGCUUUCUGCUCUAUAAUCUGUCAUUUGUUAUAGAUUAAAGCUUAUUUUUCUGUGAAUAAAACUUAUUCAAUAAAGCACUAUUCUUUAAAAUGUUA